GUCUCUCUACUAGAGGGCUCUGAAUGUGGAUGAGGAGAGAUGGGAGGAGCGUGAAUUCACUUAAGCUACAGCAAACCACCCAAUGCAGUAAAAGAUCCUGAAGGCUAACGGAAGCCAGUAAAACACAAUGCAGUACUGAGGAAGCAGCAGCAAUGCACGGCUGGACAUAGAACACACAGGACGGCGAGAGCGCAAAGCUGCUCAAUAUUGCACCAUGCUGACCUGUCUCUGAUAAUUUCCAAGGCGGGUGGGUGGGGGGAACUGAAGGACACAGCCAUGCAGCCGGCUGCUUACCUGCUCUCCUUGAUGCUCUGUGCCUUGGGGACCUUCUUUCUGGUUCAUUCCAGGCAGGCAGGAGCCGCCUUGUUGACGGAGAUGGAGAGAAGGGCUGAAAACCGAUUUCUGGAGAGGCAGAAUAUCGUCCCCCUCCGCCUGAUCCCCCGCCCGGAAGACGGCACCCAGACUGGGCACGGGGUGCUCAACACUCGGGUCAGCAGCCGCUCGGAUCGGAAGCAGUCCACUCAUGUUGCCCGAGCCAGCUUCCAGGUUGAUGCAUUUGGGUCAUCAUUCAUUCUAGAUGUAAUGCUAAACCAUGAUCUGCUGUCUUCAGAAUACCUUGAGAGGCAUAUCGAGCAUGGAGGAAAGACAGUGGAAGUUAAAGGAGGAGAGCAUUGCUAUUAUCAGGGCCAAAUCCGAGGAAACUCAGAAUCAUUUGUUGCCUUGUCAACAUGCCAUGGACUUCAUGGGAUGUUCUAUGAUGGGAAUCAUACUUAUCUUAUUGAACCAGAAGAAAGCUACACUUCACACGAGGAUUUCCAUUUCCACUCUGUUUACAAAUCCAGGUUAUUUGAAUUUCCUUUGGAUGACCUGCCAUCUGAAUUCUGGCAAAUGAACACCACAUCACAGAAGUUUGUUGUAAAGCCAAGACACAAAAGGAGUAAAAGGCAGGUUCAUCAGAUUUCACGUAAAGUUGAGGAGGAAACAAAAUACAUUGAGUUAAUGAUUGUGAAUGAUCAUCUAAUGUGUAAAAAACAUAGAUUAUCAGUCGGCCAUACGAACAGCUAUGCUAAAUCAGUGGUGAACGUGGCAGAUUUAAUAUAUAAAGAACAACUUAACACCAGGAUAGUAUUGGUUGCCAUGGAAACCUGGGCUACUGAUAACAAGUUCACCAUAUCUGAAAACCCAUUGGUGACUCUACGUGAGUUUAUGAAAUAUAGGAGAGAUUUUAUCAGAGAGAAAAGUGAUGCAGUUCACCUUUUUUCGGGGAGUCAAUUUCAGAGCAGUCGGAGUGGUGCAGCCUACAUUGGUGGAAUUUGUUCACUAUUGAAAGGUGGAGGUGUGAAUGAAUUUGGAAAGCCAGACUUACUUGCAGUGACAUUGGCACAGUCGUUAGGCCACAAUCUUGGCAUUUUUUCAGAUAAAAGAAAACUACUAACUGGUGAGUGUAAGUGUGAGGACACAUGGUCUGGAUGUAUAAUGGGAGACACUGGUUAUUAUCUUCCAAGCAAGUUCUCCAAGUGUGACAUUGAGGAGUAUCAUGAAUUUUUGAACAACGGAGGUGGCGCCUGCCUCUUCAAUAAGCCAUCCAAGCUUCUAGAUCCUCCAGAAUGUGGCAAUGGUUUUGUUGAAGAUGGAGAAGAGUGUGACUGUGGUACUACUGCAGAGUGUGCCAUUGAAGGAGGAGAUUGCUGUCAUACAUGCACCCUGACUGCAGGCUCACAGUGCAGCAAUGGGCUUUGCUGUAGAAAGUGUCAGUUUGAAUCUAAAGGAGUUGUGUGUCGAGAUGCGGUAAAUGAUUGUGAUAUUCCAGAAAACUGCACAGGAAACUCCAGCCAGUGUUCUCCCAAUAUUCACAAAAUGGAUGGGUAUUCAUGUGAUAACAAACAGGGUAUUUGUUUCGGAGGAAGAUGUAAAACCAGGGAUCGGCAGUGUAAAUAUAUCUGGGGUGAAAAAGUGACAGCUGCUGACAGAUACUGCUAUGAGAAACUGAAUAUUGAAGGGACUGAGAAAGGUAACUGUGGAAGGGGCAAGGACACUUGGAUACAGUGCAACAAACAGGAUGUGCUUUGUGGAUAUCUUCUGUGUUCCAAUAUCUCUAAUGUCCCAAGACUUGGAGAACUUGAUGGUGAAAUCACAUCUUCAGUCAUACAGCUGGGGAAAUCCUACAACUGCAGUGGUGGCCAUGUUAAGCUAGAUGAAGAAACAGACCUGGGCUAUGUUGAGGAUGGAACGCCAUGUGGCCCAGAGAUGAUCUGUUUUGAGCGCAGAUGUCUCCCCACUGAUUCCUUUAACUUCAGCAUCUGUCCAGGCACUACAGAUGACAAAAUUUGUUCAGGACAUGGAGUUUGCAGCAAUGAAAUCAAGUGUGUGUGUGAUCGAUUCUGGGUAGGAGAUGACUGCAACACCGCUUACAAAGAUGCUUCAAUUUUUGAUGAAGAAAUGGCAGGCAAAGGUGUUGUUAGUACAAAUAUAAUAAUAGGGGCUAUUGCUGGCACCAUUUUAGUGUUGGCUCUCGUUUUAGGAAUAACUGGAUGGGGUUACAAAAACUAUCGGAGACAGAGACAAAUACCACAGGGAGAUUAUGUAAAAAAGCCUGGAGAGGCCGACUCUUUUUAUAGCGACAUGCCUCCUGGAGUCAGCACAAAUUCUGCAUCUAGUUCUAAGAAGAGGUCUGCCUUUCUGUCGCAUUUUCAGAUUUCUACCUGUUCCAUCACCCAUUAUUCCAUUAGUCAGAACAUUUCAUUGUUUUGCAGCAGGUCAAAUGGAUUAUCUCAUUCAUGGAGUGAAAGGAUUCCAGACACAAAGCAUAUUUCAGACAUCUGUGAAAAUGGGAGACCUAGAAGUAACUCGUGGCAAGGUAAUAUAGGAGGAAACAGAAAGAAAAUCAGAGGCAAAAAAUAUAGGCCACGGUCUAAUUCAACUGAGUAUUUAAACCCCUGGUUCAAAAGAGAAUAUAAUGUAGCUAAGUGGGUAGAAGAUGUGAAUAAAAACACUGAAGGACCAUACUUUAGGACUCUGUCUCCUGCAAAGUCUCCAUCUUCCUCUACUGGAUCUAUCGCCUCCAGCAGAAAAUACCCAUACCCGAUGCCUCCACUUCCUGAUGAGGAGAAGAAAGCUAAAAGACAAAGUGCCAGGCUAUGGGAGACUUCCAUUUAGUUCUACAGUUUACCUGGGUGACAUCAGAACUGUUACUUCAAAUUUUAUAGAAACUCAGCAUCACUGAGUCAUUGCACAUUCAUCUGCUCUUCAGACAAUUUGAAAGAACAACAGAGAUGCCAGUGAUCACAGAGAGAACCUGCUCUCAUACCCAAGGGGGAAAAAACAACAUGUUUUGCUGUUGAUUAGAAUUCUAUUAAAUCUGUAAAGAAUAACCAAAAAUCACAAAAAUUAACAUGGGAUAAAUAGAUUGAAUAUGAUAAGAUUAUUCUGCAUGAUGACCAAUAUAUGUAGAAAUACAACUAAAACUCAUGUACAAAUCCCGAAUAAAAGAGGUUUUUCUUUGGUUUAUGCAGUCCCAAAUAACAACAAAAUUGAGUUCAGAAUUUUGUAUUCUGAAGCACGUGACCAAUGUAAACAUUAUGCUAUGUGCAUGAACCCUCAGUUCUUUACAAGUAAGGGGAAAACCACGUACUGUAGUAGAAAUUAGCAUGCAGGAGUAAGAAAUGUAGAAUUUUGCUACAGGAUGUUAAGUUUUGAGAGGCAUAAACUUCAAACAAACAAGAACUAUAUCUUUUUUACCUUUCGUGUUUAUAAUCUCCAUAUAUAAAUUGUAUAUAUGUAAACAUUUUAAAAUGUGAAAACAGCUGUAACACACAUGUAUUUUGCCAAAUGCCUAAAGAAACAAUCAUGACUAACAUCAUCACACUUCAAGUGUUCUGAAUAUUAUGAGCAGACAGCUUUGGAAAUACAACAGUUCUAGUGCUGUAAAUGUGUUUCUCAGCAAACUGGUGUUUGACCAAAAUCUCCACAAUCUGGGAAUAUAUUUGUUCUAAUCACCAGAAAAAUCAAAGUUCAAUGAUGCUUUGGCUUAAAUCACCACCCAAGGAACCAGCAAAAAUAA